GCUCUUAUUGCCUAUAAAUUGUAUCAACUCCUAAUUCAACUAUCUUACCAUAUCACAUUCUUUCUUACUACAUAUAUUGGUACCUCUUCUUCUACAUGUAACACCAUCCUUCUUGCAUAUAUUUCAUUACUCUUCGGGAAAAGCUAACAAAACAUGGAACCAAUUUCGGAGCCACCCUUUGAGGAAGCAUACAAGAUCCUCUUGAACAAGGCCAAAACCAACAAUUGUAAUGAUUUUGACGACGACGACGAGUUCAUAGUGAUCGAAAAAUGCGAACUUCCGUUGAUCGAUCUAAGCCAUUUAGAAGACAAGGAUGAAAUGGUUAGGGAAGAGUGCAAGUGUGAGAUAGCUAGAGCUUCACAAGAAUGGGGUUUUUUUCAAGUUGUAAAGCAUGGAAUUCCAAAUGACAUUUUCAAUAGGUUAAGGUGUGAACAAGAGAAAAUGUUCAAGCUUCCCUUUGAUAAAAAGACUAAAGAGGACAAGUUCUUGCAAUUUUCUUCUGGUAGUUAUCGUUGGGGAACACCUAGUGCCACAUGUGUUAAACAGUUAUGUUGGUCGGAAGCGUUUCAUAUUCCUUUAGUUGAUGUAUUAGAGCCUAACAAUGAAUCAAAUGCACUUAGAUCAACAAUUGAACAAUUUGCUACCAUAGCAUCCAAUCUUGCACAAACAUUAGCUGACAUUCUGGCUCAAAAAAUGGGUCAUGAUUAUGAUUCAACAUUUUUUAAGGAGAAUUGCUUGCCCAAUACUAGUUAUAUUCGAUUGAACAGAUAUCCUCCUUGUCCCAUAGCUUCUGAGAUUCAUGGUUUAAUGCCACACACUGAUAGUGAUUUCAUCACCAUAUUAUAUCAAGAUCAAGUAGGAGGUUUGCAAUUAGUCAAAGACAAGAAAUGGAUUGCAGUUAAACCAAAUCCUGGUUCUCUUAUAAUCAACAUAGGAGACUUAUUUCAGGCUUGGAGUAACGGGGUGUACAAGAGUGUUAAACAUCGAGUUGUUACCAAUCCAAAAGUAGAAAGGUUUUCUAUGGCAUAUUUCUUGUGUCCUUUAAAUGAUACUGUGAUUGAGAGUUGUGAAAAACCCUCUCUUUACAAAAAGUUUAGCUUCCGAGAAUACAGACAACAAGUUGGAGAGGAUGUUCAAAAGUUGGGUUCAAAAAUAGGCCUAACUAGGUUUCUCACGCAUGAAGGUACUACAUAGUAUGAGUUAGCUUAAUCAAAGUUCUGGGAUCCAACAUGAACUUAGAUAUACAACAUCGUUAUUAAAGAAAGUUUGUUGUCGAUUUAGAUCCCUAAAAUCUCAAGACACUAGUCUCUACAAUUAUGCACAAAAGAUAUUCGAUUUUUUAUAAAGAAAACUACAUAAUAUGAGUGAUUAUUUACGGAUAUAGUUUUACAACUUUUACUAAGUUAUGUCAAAGUUAUAAUCUCCAAAUUAAAAAGAUUGUUUUAAUGAAUAGAGGUAUUUGUGCGAGUGUACCCUAAUCAUGGAUGUAUCUACAAAUUCUGCAAGUUUAAACAAAAUUUUGUUUGGUUA